CGGUACGAUUCCUAAUGUCAGUCUCGAGCUGGAACAUGAAGUGCGCUAUCCUCUAUCUCGUUUCGUUGUGUGCAGUGAGCAAAAGCGCGUACUUCGACGAAGAGGAGAACAUCCCCAGGUACCAUACGGCCGCGGUGGGUGAUCACGUGGUGUUCGAUUGCGAGAUCGACUUUCCCCAUGACUAUCCCAUCCCUUACAAGCUGUCAUGGAGAAGAGGGGAUUUUGAAAUAUUUUCAUGGCAAGACGAUCAAAUAAAAGAAUCGGAUGAGUAUUCGGGAAGAAUUCAUCUUCUAGAUAAACAUCUGCAUCAUUCUCCUCAUCCCCCUACUUUGGAGAGACCCGUACAGCAUUAUGGUAGAGCUUCCAUCAAUCUUACCUCCAUCAGAGAGUCAGAUGCCGGAUGGUAUGAAUGUCGGAUUAGAUUUCCUACCAGAACUCCAUCUUAUAGAAAUAACGGGACUUGGUUUCAUCUCACAGUGAGUGGAGGUAACCUACUGGCGAUACCUCCUAUCAAUCAAACUGUACAAGAAGGACAAGAGGUUAAAUUCAUGUGCGUGGUUAAAGACUUGUCAUAUAAGUUAAGAUGGAUGAAAGACAACAUACCUCUAAGCGAGUAUCAGGAUCUGACGCAAAGAUCAUGGAUGGAAAAAGAUGGAACCCUUGUGAUACAUCCUACCGAUAUGGGAGACUAUGGAGAAUACGAAUGCGAAGCUAGUAAUGAUGUAGGCGAUGUUCAAAAGGCUAAAGCUUUUCUUAAUGUACAAUAUAAAGCUAAGGUUAUUUACGCUCCGCCAGAAAUUUACCUACCUUUUGGGCGUCCAGCGCUUAUCGACUGCCAUUUCAGAGCCAAUCCGCCACUAACAAAUCUACGCUGGGAGAAAGACGGAUUCCUCUUUGAUCCUUACAACGUCCAAGGAGUAUUUUACAGAAAAAAUGGAAGCUUGUAUUUUAACAAAGUCGACGAAACUCAUGGUGGGAGUUAUACUUGCACUCCGUAUAACGAUUUGGGAACUCAAGGACCGUCUCCAUCAAUGUACGUUAUAGUUCAAAGAGCUCCAAUAUUCACAAGAACUCCUCAGAAUCUUUACCUAAAGAAAUUGGGAGAAACUGUUGAAAUUCCUUGCGAUGCUACAGAUGGAGAUAAUGGCCAUAAACCGAUGAUAGUAUGGUAUAAGAAAGGAUCAUCACUACCCAUGGGUCGAUAUUCCAUAAACGAAGGCAAUCUCACUAUCACCGAUAUUGAAGAAGAUGACCGAGGUAUUUUCCAAUGUUCAGCCACCAAUAAAGCUGCAACUGUAACUGCUGAAACUGAAUUACUUGUAGAAAAUAUACCAUCAAGUGCCCCAUACAAUUUAUCUGCGGUCUCAUCCUCAACUUCUGUCCAUCUGAAAUGGUUAUCCCGAAGACAAAAGAAUGUUGAGUUUAGUGUGUGGUAUAAAAAGAUUGAGAGUACAGUUGGUUGGAAAACGUAUAAAGUACCAUCUUCCAGAUCUUUAGAAGCAACUAUUACCAACUUAGAACCAGGACAAGAAUAUGAAUUUAUGAUUCUAUGUAAAGACGAUGCUGGAGAUGGUCCAUUCAGUAAAUCAGUAAGGAUAUGGACCAAAAGCAUGGAACAAGAAACCAAUCUUUACAGAGGUCCAGCACCACUUGGAUAUCCAAGAAAUGUUGAUGUAAGACCAACAGAUGAAGGGCUUUAUGUUACAUGGGAUCCACCAGACUUUGGAAUGGAAUUCCUAAGGCACUAUGUCGUUAGAUGGACUCAAGGUCCUGAGGAUUAUAUAUUUGGAUCUGUUGAUACUAUAGAAACAAACUAUCUAAUAAGAAAUUUAAUAGAAGGUUCAGAGUACGAUAUACAAGUAUUAGCCAUAUCCAUAGACGAUCAGCAAGCAAUAAGUGAAAAAAUUAGAACUUUAUAUCCAGGGUUUAAGAGCAUUAGAGCUAUAUCCACAGGAAUUAUAGCUGGCCUGGCUUUUCUUGGUGUCAUUUUUGUUACUGUUUAUUUUGUUAAAAAGCGAUUUUUCAAACGAAAUCCCGAACUCCUGAAAAAGUAGUAUUUUGCAAUUUCAAAAAAAAAAACGAAAACGUUAGUAAGGAAUAUUGGGAAAUGGUAUGCAUGUAUUUUAUUAGGAUUUUAUAAAACAAUUAAUGUUGUCCAGACAAAAAACAAUUAUAUAUUUUUACUUAUAGAAGAAAAACACUUACCUUCAUGUUUUGAACAACUUUCUUGUCCAAAUUGUAUCAAACAGAUGAAUCUAAAAAAUGUAUCAAAAAACAAAGACUUAACUGAAAGUUAAGAUCUUUUAUAAAAAAA